AUGCCAGCAAGAUGUUGUUGUAUAAUACCCCUAAGAGGUGGUAUCAUCAUUAGCGGUGUCAUCAUGCUUGUCGUAUCCGUCGCACUUCUCGGUGCCACUUUUACUCACAAAAAUCCCAUGAUUAUCCAUCUCUCACUUAUCCACGUUGUUCUUCCCUGGAUUUAUAUCGGUUUCUUAAUUGCUACUGCUGUUGUAGCGCUCUACACCAUUGCUUCGGGAGCUAUAGCAAAAUUGGGAAUGAUGAGAUUGAACAAAUUCUUGUUAUGGUUAUUGGUUUUCCUCUUGACCAUCUGGGAGGCUGUGUGUUUCAUCUUGGCACUAGUAAAUCGAUCCAAAGCGCUCACUGCUUGUGAAGAAGCAAACCCAUCGUCGUCAUCAUCAGUAUCCGCCGGUUCAGCAAACAACACUACGCUUUCUGUAGGCGAUUAUUCCACAACAUUUUUGGGCAUGGAAAUGGGCAACACUUAUGGUUUAGCAAACUGUGCGCAAGCAGUCCAAGCAGAUGUCAUUGGCAGUGCCAUCGUCUUGUUUGUGGGACAGUUGUUGAUGUUUUACGCUGCAACAGUCGUUGGAUCCUACACAGCCAAAUUGAGGGAACGUAAACUAGGUCAUCGUUUGCGUGAUCUUGAAUGGGAUGAUAAUUUAGACGAACUCGCUUCCAGUUAUCGCGCUGAUGCUCGAAAUGCACCAAAGUAUCCCAUGAAUGAUCUCAACAGUAAAAAGAAGAAGGGAUUUUUUAAAUUUGGCAGUAAAAAGUAA